UUUUUGUGUGCGCGUUUUUCUUCAAUACUGAAAAUACCAAUUUUUAAUAAUAAUAUUUAACGUUUAGAGAAUGUAGAACAUCCAAUCUCUUUUCAUUUAUGGCUCGUUGAGGGGGGGAGGAGGGGAAAACAAACCAGCUCUCACCCCUUGAUCACACCGUGGGUGUCCCCAGGAAGCAUCCCGUCUGCGUACUGUCAGAUGAGCGUAGGAUUGCGGUCCAUCUUUCCCAGCUUAGCCCAAGUUCCAUCCGACGACCUGGCCUCCGACAAUGCUUAUUUUGGUGACAGUCCUGCUUCAUUGUGCAGUUUAAAUCGGUGGGAAGGUUUUCUCAUUCGGUACCGGUAUUUUUUUCCAGCGUCGACACCCUUAACGGACAGCGGGGAACAACACCCCAUGAAGAGUGGCUUUGUGCGCCUUUCACAGAUGCUGAGUAUGCCAGGUCUCCACUAAAGCACCAUGGACCCAGAAGAACAGGAGCUGCAGAAUGACUACCGAUACCGGAGUUACUCGGCCGUCAUUGAGAAGGCCCUUCGCAAUUUCGAGUCCUCCAGCGAAUGGGCGGAUCUUAUCUCCUCCCUGGGCAAGCUCAUUAAGGCACUCCAGAGUAACCUAAAAUACUCUUUGCUUCCGCGGCGAUUGAUAAUUGGCAAGCGUCUGGCGCAGUGUCUCCAUCCCGCCCUGCCCAGUGGCGUGCACCUCAAAGCCCUGGAGACCUAUGAGGUCAUCUUCAAGAUCAUCGGCACCAAAUGGCUUGCAAAGGACCUCUUCAUAUACAGCUCUGGACUCUUCCCGCUCCUGGGCCAUGCAGCCAUGUCUGUAAAGCCGGUUCUUCUAGCUCUAUAUGAGCGCUACUACCUGCCCCUUCAGCACGCACUCUUACCCAGCCUGCAGGCCUUCGUAACCGGCCUGCUGCCCGGCCUAGAGGAGGGGCUGGAGGUGUAUGACAGGACAGAUACCCUGCUGCUGAAGCUGUGCGCCCUGGUGGGGCCACAGGUGCUGUAUGGGGCACUGUGGGGCAGCAUGCUGGUGACCCCCCUGGUGCGUCUGCCUGCUUCCCAUUUCAUCGUCACGCACUUCGACAGGAUGGCCCCGGGCCGGAAACAGAGACACAUGCUGGGCACUAACCAUGGACUCGUGAUGAAGUCCAUCUGUCUCUCCCUGCAGGACUCCAACCUGCUGGUACAAAGGAAUGUGUUGGAGAUCCUCCUCUUCUUCUUCCCCUUCUGCACAUGUCUGGACCCAGCAGAAGCCAGCAUCCCUUUAACUCACGAUGAAGUCAUUUCCCUCGUAAGCUCCGCCCUGAUGGCCCUGCUCAGGAGGGACAUGUCACUGAACAGACGACUUUACGCCUGGCUGCAGGGCACUGACUCCAAAGGAAGCAUGGUAGCCGCAGACCCCAACCUCUCUGCCACGCUAGAGGAGCACAUGACCUUCUACUUUGAGCACUAUUCCAAGGAGCUGCUGCUGGAGGCCUUGAUUAGCAUCCUCAAACUGAAGAACGCCGAGGUGGAUCCAGAAAACGUGAUGGUGUUUCUCAGGCCUUUCCGCAUCAUCAUCAGCUUGCUGGACAAGCCAGAGAUAGGUCCAAAGCUGACAGAGGCCCUGAUGUUGGAGGUGGUUCGGGCACUGUACACCUACGUCAGGGACAUGCUGGGGGAAGAAGACAACACAUUAGAGUCCUGCCUGUCCAAGAACCAGCUGGCCAGUAAGAUCAAAGAAAACAAAAAUGCAUUGGAGAUCAUUAAGACUGCCAGCAUGCUGAUUUCAUCUCUGAACGGCGAGUUCCUGUGGGACUUCAUGACCAGGCACUUUCAGGCCAGUCUCAGUGUGGAACCAUCGGGACAAGACAGGGGUGCCCCGCCCUCCGUGUGUGAGGUGUCAGUCCUCAUUAUGUUCCUGCUGGAGGUUGUCAGACUGGAGCUAUACUCCGAGAUUCAGACACAGUACUUGCCCCAGAUGCUGUACAAAAUCCUGCAGGUGCUGCAAGCCCAUCUGGCUGCAUUCACGCUGCCUGAGCUCAACCAGGCCAUGCGUACCGCCUUCAUGGUCCUCAGCAAAAUCCGGAUGCCUGUGGCCUACAUGGACAUGGAGGCAAAGCCCCAGAUGAAGACUCGCAAGACUAUGGAGAACAGGAGAUAUCAGGCAAGUGAGGAGCACAAUGUCGAUGAAGGGGACAUAGAGGAAGGGGAGGAGCCAGAUCUGGGAGCACUGAAUGAAGGGGCGUGGCUGGAGGCGGAGCCUGGAGACACAUCCCUGCCCACCGUGAGCUCUGAAGACAGCGGCUUGGGCCUCAGUGCCUCCACCUCCGAACAGCACUUGUCCCAGCAGAAGGUGGCCCCAGAGGCAUGUCCAGCCCAGGACAAAGUGUGGAGGAAGGGGGGCAGCAUGGAGGACAUGGCCCGGUGCAUGCAGGACAUCCUGGACUCUUUCAUCAACAGAUACCUGCUGCGUUCAGUGGGAGAAGAGAAGAAGCAGCAGGAAGGUAGCGAGGCUACCGGCAUAGACCCCGCAGGCCCGAAGGCCCUGGCAGGACAGAGAAGCAGCCGCGAGCAGCUUCGAGAGAAGCUCACAGAGCUCUUCACGCCCAACAUGCAGAAGCUGCAGCAGCUGGCUGACUCAGCCUUCCCGUCCUCCAGGAGGCGCCAGAGGAGAGGGAGCGAGGGUGGGGCCAGCCUGGAGUGGGGGGCUGGCUGUCUGUCUCGGGACAGAGCGGAGAUUUCAGAGUCCUGUCGGCAGGCUUUCGGAACCACCUGUCACCUGCUGCUGGAGUGCAGCACAUUCCCCGUGUACCUGCUGGAGGACGAGAUCGAGGUCCUGUACGCAGCUACGUUCCAGAACACCGGCAAUGAUAAAUGUAGCCUUCCGUCAUGGCUGAGGUCCCUGAUGACUCUGUGCUGCGUUUCGAAGGACAGUCAGAUUCAGCAUGUGGCCAUAUCCUCGCUGCUAGAGCUGGUCAGCCACUCUCAGUCCUUGGCACUGGUCAUGAAAGAUAAGUACCAGCGAUACAAGGACUCAGAGAGCAACCCCUUUAGUGGACGUCUGCAGAUGGUGACAGUGCCACCUGUCAGUCCUGCCCUCCUCAAGGCCAUGGAGGAGGACACAGAUUUCUAUCAGCGUGUGGCACAGGUGCUGUGGGCACAACUGGACUCGGAGCAAGGAGAUUUGCACGUUUCCUGCGUGGAGCUCUUCUACCGGCUGCACUGCCUGGCUCCGUCCGCCUCCGUCUGCGAGGACAUCAUCUGCUUGGCGCUGCAGCACAGGGAGAAGGCCGUCCAGCUGGAAGCUCUGCACAGGUUCUCCGUUCUGUGGCAUCUGACCCGGGAUGUCCAGACCACCAUGGCCACGUCACUGAACCGCUCCUUUGACAGAUCGCUCUUCGUAGUUUUGGGCCGCCUGAACAGCUCGGAUGGGUCAGUCAGUACGACAGCGCAGAGCUGGCUGGUCCGUGCCCUCACCCUUGGCGACGUCACCCGGAUCCUGGAGCCGGUUCUGCUUCUGCUGCUGCACCCUGAGACGCAACGCUGCUCCAUUCAGUGCACCUGGGAGAACCUGACCACAGGAACCCUGAGAAUGGUAAACCACAAGGGCAGUUCAUUGCAUUAUACUUCCGGGAGUUCUGCGGAUGUCAUGGCAAUGGAGAGCCUAUCAGAGGAGAGGCUGCUGACCUGGCUGAUGGCGGUGGACCGCGAUACUCUGUGGGCGGAAUUGGAGCAUAUCCCAGAGACUAUGAAGGUCCCGGAUUUUUCAGUGGAGGGGGACGGUGAGAAUGAAGACAGGAUGGAAAAUGAAGGGUGGAGACGGGAGUUGGGGGAGGCGGAGGGGGAGAGCAGUGAGCACACGGACUCAGCGGACACUAGCGGUGCGCAGCUGUCCACAGAGACCUCCACCUCGGCCUCUGGCACAGCCCCGUACCUCCAGCGCAUGGACUCCACCCACACCCAGGCUUCCGAGUCCCUGUCCAGUGAGGACGAGGAAGAGGAGCUAGCAGCCUUGGCCCACCAAAGGCUACUGAAGCAGCAGCAGGAACAGCGGGAGGCUGUCAGCGCGCUUUUCAGACACACACUGCUCUACCUGCAGCCCUACGAGCAUGCCCGCAUCCUCCGGGCCUUCUCCGUACUAGAGAUCCUUGUCCGAACCUGUGGCCGGCCCUUCGUGGAAGCCACAUCUACCACUACCCUUGAUUCUGGAGUCCCUGCUCAUCUUGCUCUGGUCUGCAAUCUGUUGUUGCGUCACCAGGAGACGCUGGAGGGUCGCAGCUUCUAUGGACGCUGGCCGGCCCAGUCCACAGAGCCCCAACCUCAGGGCCCGCUGAUCGAGCUGCUGGCCAACCUCUGCCUGCGCUUCCUACGCUCAUACUAUCCUAGAUACCUGCGUUUGGAUGUGCCUCGCCUACAGGGGAACCUCCAGGUCCAGGUGAAGAGCACAGAGGUGCUGACCUGCUUGCUGGGCCAGCUGGUGGACUUGGCCCGGACUCAGGACCAGCCCGGCCUGGAGAUGAUCCGUCGGCUCCUGUCAGCCAACGGAGUACAGCAGUAUGUACUUCUCUCGCUCUCUGCCUCGAUGCACGUCAGUCAGCUGCACAGCAGCGACGAGGACGCGGCCGGAGACCCGGAAGGGCCGUCCGAAGAAUGCCUGAUUGAGCGUGACCCCGAUGUGGCUGGAGAACAUGCCUUGCAGGUGGAGCUGCUGAAACUGCUGCGGGUGCUGGUGGUUCUGGAGCACCUUGUGGGCCCCGAGGCAGCCACCGAGCAGCACGGGGCCACCAACGCUGCCUCCCCACUGGCACGCGAAUGGCAGACAGCCCAGCAGUACCAGCAAUCCAUCCGUGCCCCGCAGUAUGUGCCCGACCAGCCCAUCACUGCACAGGGCAUGUUCGUCUCAGCUGUCUCCCGUGCCCUGCUGCCGCGACACGGCUACACCAUGCACCCGCACUGGGUGGGCUUGGUGUGCGCAUCGCUGCCCUAUCUGGGCCGCUCCCUCGCCGUCACCGCCACCCCAUUCGUCAUCCAGAUCUGCAAGAACUUGGACGAACUGGUGCACCAGUAUGAGCACGAGGCCAACAGGUCUGCCCACAGGGGCAGCGUGAAGAGGAAGGUUGUGACCCCAGAUUACCUCCUGACCCUACUGGAAGGCCUGACCACUAUCACUCAUUAUUGCCUCCUAGAUAAUAGGAAGCCCCUCUCGACCUCCGAUGUGGCGGACCUGCGUAAUGCUCGCAACGCCAUCCUGGAAGAGCUUCCACGCAUAGUCAGCAGUAUGGCUCUGCUGUGGGGUGUCAUCAGGAGAGAGGAGGGAGCCAGGAAGGGCUCUGACAGCAGCCACGGCCCUGGGCAGGCCUACCAUUCUGCCUGCUUCAGGAACAUCAGGAUUCUCAGGCAGAAGGUGCUGGAGUUUCUGGAGCCCCUGGUGGGCUUGUUUGGGAUGCAGAUCAUGGCAUCUGUGGGUGCUGUGUGGAACAGCAGGAGAAGUAAGAAGAGGCACAGCCAAAACAAGAUCUUGCCGGCCGUCAGUGAGCCUCACCUGACCAUCGUGGAGCUCGUGAAGUCUCUGAGCGUGCUCCGUGUUGACACCAUUUUGCAGCUGGUGAAAGAGGUUGUGAAGAAGCCACAUCAAAUAAAGGGAGAGCAGAAGUCCACUCUUGUUGAUGUUCCCCUUCUUCAGUUUACCUACACCUACAUCCAGAGCAUCUCUGCUCAGGUGCUCCAGGAAAAUGUCACUCCUCUUCUCUGCCUCCUGAAGGAGUCAGUCCAGAUGAAUCUGGCUCCUCCUGGACACUUCCUCCUACUGAGGAUUCUCAAUGAUCUAGUGAACAGACUCCCCAAUCUAGAAAACAAGAAAGACAACAGAGAUGUGCAGGAGGUGACCCAGAGGAUCCUGGACGCAGUGGCCAGUGUGGUGGGCUCCUCCCUGGAACAAACCAGCUGGCUCAGUCGCAACCUAGAGGUGAAGGCCCAGCCACAGGUGCUCCAGGAGGAGGAAGAAGAAGCAGAUGCCGCAGAUCUCUAUGACGUCGCCGCCCAGCCCAGUGCCGUUGUGUCCUCAUCAGCACCAUCUGUCUACAGUGUCCAGGCUCUCAGCCUGCUGGCCGAGGUAUUGGCUCCCCUCCUGGACAUGGUGUACCGCAGCGAGGAGAAGGAAAGAGCCGUCCCUCUUAUAUCCCGCCUCCUGUACUUUGUCUUCCCGUACCUGAGGAACCACAGUGCCCACAACGUGCCAAGCUUUUGUGCAGCAGCCCAGCUCCUGAGCAGCCUGAGCGGCUAUGCCUACACCAAGCGCACCUGGAAGAAGGAGGUCUUUGAGCUUUUCAUGGAUCCUAUGUUCUUCCACAUGGAUGCCGCUUGCGUGACACACUGGAAGUCCAUUGUUGACCAUCUGUUGACGCAUGAGAAGACCAUGUUCAAAGAGUUGAUGAGUCUGCAAAGCAGCUCCUUGAAGGUUCUGUCAGGUCAGGAACAGAAGGCUCUCCUCCUGAAACGCCAGGCCUUCUCUUUGUUCAGCGGUGAACUGGACCAGUACCACCCCUACCUGCCUCUCAUUCAAGAGCGCCUGACAGAGACCCUGCGGGUGGGCCAGACUCCCUCUGCUGCGGCACAGAUAUUCCUCACGUUCCGAGUUCUGCUCUUGCGAAUCUCCCCUCAGCAUCUCACAUCAUUAUGGCCCAUUAUGAUCACAGAGCUGAUACGCGCAUUUGUUCGGCUGCAGAAGAAUCUGCUGGACAAUAAAGUUUCAAAAGCUGUCGGUCGUGCUGGGGGGGGCCGGGGGGACCCAGGAAGGAAUGGAGCCCUGUUCCUCCAGAACGAGCUGGACAUGUACCUGUCAGCCUGCAAGUUCCUGGAUACGGCUCUGUCUUUCCCACCCGACCGAAUGCCCCUCUUCCAGAUGUAUCGCUGGGCAUUCAUCCCUGAGGUGGAUGUUGAGAUGUUCAGCGGACCAGACAAUGGCUUGAUAGAAAGUGAGCCAGAAAGUCAGCCCCAUGUGGUUCGGAUCCUGGAGGGGCUACGCUACAGAUUUGGGGACCUGAAUGGUAUGGUGUCCAGUGACAGCACUGAAGAACGUCUGGAGUUCCCCCUGCUGAGGUCACGCUCCAUCUCCUGUAUCUCUGAGCUGUUACCUUUUCUCCAGAUCCUCAGUUGCUCUUUCAGGGGUUCUAGGGAGCUGCACAUGCAUUCGCCAAAAGUGCAGUACCCUGCCCCCAACAGUGAGGCAGUACUGAGCCGACUGGAAGAGGUCAUAGAGGUGGAGUUCCUUGAGACUCUUUGAGCUGGGCUGUUUCAUCUUCCUGCCCAGCUCUCCUCUCAGUGUUGUGGUGCCAUAUUUGCAUACAUGUGUGUCCUGGGAAUGUGGUCAGACUGUCCUAUGGCUGAUUGGAAGAAGAGCUCCACAUCUCACCUGGGUCUGCUCUUCCUGUGCGAGCAAUUCUCAGGCUGUGCAUUGUGGACGCUGCAGCCUAUAGCAAUCCACACCCCUACUAUGGUGCUGUCCUGCUGGAAAAACUCAUGGGGAUCAGGAAAAACAAGGAAGAAUGAAAAGGAACCGUGUGGGUCACUAAUUCCAACAACGUGUUUAAGUGUGUGCUAGGCACAUGGACUAAGUCUUUUUAAACAUACAGCAUCACCGUGCUAAUGUGCUCUGUUGACACGCUAUAGGAGUGAAAAAACACCAAAAGAACUUUAAAAGCCCUUCGUACCUGUCUUUUGUCCUAUACCAUGAAGUUCCCCAAAGGCAUAUCACAGCUUUGUAUAUAGAGAUGUGCACGCCUAUAACACACAGUCCCACUGAAUCGAAAUCUGUCUUUCGAACAAUGUGCUGGGUCUAUUUCUGACCUUAUGGGUUUAGAACAAAAUGUAUCCUGUCAGUGUCCAGGAGGGUUUUCAAGGAAUGGACAUGAAUCAAUUUUAAGGAUUGAAUAACGAAAACACUGUAGCUUUCUUGUCUGCUUCUGUCCCUAAUGAAUGUUAUCCUUCGGUCAGUGAAAGCCUAAAUUAUGGCAAUUUGAAAAAUCAUAAAUUAGUAUAAUUAUGGCAUAUUAUAAUAAUGAUCUGUAAAUAAGAUUAUCUGUGCAAGUGAAAUAACCUGGUUAACCUGUUGAUCCUCGGUACAUUAAAAAAUCCUGCAAAAACAUUA